AACUCCUCCCGCUGACUUCAUUUCCCAGCAUUCUCGCCACCACUUCCCAUCAUUCCUGCCACCAACGUGGCUGCAGACGUCAUCACGCCAACACUAUAUAAGGAAGUGCCGGCAUUUCAUUCAUUACUCAGUCAUCGUUUCUACCAGACUUUGUAUCGUGUUCUCAGGCUUACCAGCCUUCAAACCUAACCCAAAGACUUAUCCACGCUGAUUACUAUUAGUAAGCCAGCUACCUUAUCCUCCGGAACUGCUACUCAGUCUCGGCUCUCUCUCCGAGCGCUGUCGCCGUUCCCAGAGUAAAGCUGCGUGCUCUGUUCAACCCGACGCUAGCCACUCCGCAUCUGGGUCACACAGUAAUGCCACAAUCCAUCUCCGCUACGCUUCAGCUCAGCCUUGAAACCUGACACAUUAUGUAUGGAAAUGAACAGGAUAGCGUGCACCAGAAACCACAGCCUGUUUAAAAUGAUAUGUUUUAUGAGUCCCAAAUGUUUUCACGUGAAUUUCAUCCUACGACUGAAAUUUUGAAUGUGUGUAUGAACAGUCAAAAGACUGAUUUAUGAAACGUGCGGUGGCCUCUUGUACGCACCUUCCUCCGCUCACUUAAUUUUAUACACACACACACACAGACACACACACUCGUAUGACUAUGAAAAUGCACUUAAGGGCCAACAUGGUAAUUUAGUACCGUGACGGAUAUUUUGCUUUCCUUAUAUUUGACUGUAACAAGUGGUUGCAUAUCAGUGUGGUUGUUUUUUUCCUUUUGGUUCUUUUGUGUGCAGAAGCAAAGAUUUUUAUUUUAAAAGGGCAUUAUGGAAGUUUGACAGCCAAAACAUUUAUAGAAAAAAUAAAUUUCUUCUUCAUGCAUUCUCCUGCAAUGCCCUGGUCCUUUAGAUUGAGCCCUGGCAUUUUUACUGUGAUUGCCUGUUUAUCUGUAAAAUCACAGAAAAAGAGAGUUGCUCGGUCGAGCAGGCUGCUUCAUGCGCGUUCACGCUCAGGCAUAGUCCGUAGCAUUUGCUAUCCGUAGCUUUAGCAGCAGAGAGGCAGUGCCAACUCAGCAACUUUGUCGCCGUUCCUAAUGCCUAGUGAUGAACCUAGCUACAUUUCUGAGGACCCUUAGCUACUUUCUGUAGAACUUUCUUCUAGAUAUUUCCUGCAAAUUAGCAACAAAAUAGCCAUUUUCGCUCCUUACAGUUCUUUGAACGUUGUUUCAGCUGUCAUCAAGGAUAUAAAUGUUACAGAUACAUAGGACAUCACUGGUGCUUUAGCUCACCUAGUAAGAUGUUGUACUCCUGUGCAGAAGUCCUGGUUUCGAUUCUCGAUGUGAAUGUAGUUUAUUUGGAGGUUUUUUUUUUUUUUAUUAAUGGGAUUUUUUUUACAGUAAGAUGCCCAAAUUUUUAUUUGAGACUCGCCGAUCGGAAUUGAAUUCACAGAUAAAAAAGAUGUGGGUUCAACUUUCAUUUUGGAACAAUUUUUCUAGCAAGGGAAGGGCAUGAUCUGAGCAUGCAGGAGGACUGACCCAUCUUAAACCUUUGUCAGCUGUGAUGAAGAGAAAGAACCUGCUGCUGUUCUAAAGAGAAAUCUGUUGAAUGAACCUGAACUUUUGUCUCUGAUCAGCUGAAGAAAAGCUCCAACAUGCUCCUGCCCCUGUUCCACCUGUUUACUCUCACCUCUCUGACAGAGGGACAGGUUCUCUGUUCAGGUGUAAACUGCUCCUCAGGGAUGGACUGCAUCAGUAUAAACGGGGAUCUUCAGUGCGCCGACCCCUGUGACCACUACUCUGUGCUGAACGAUAGCUGGCGCUCAGUGGAUAACACAAACAACAACCCAGUACACUGUGAUCGGAAUAUAAAUUGGGCCGGCUGGUAUCGUUUCUUUCUGGGCCAAGCUGAUGCUCGUAUUCCAGAGAAGUGUAUAGCCGAACUCAGAUGUGGAACCAGUGCCCCUUUGUGGAUCACAGCACCUCACCCCACACAGAUGUACCAAAUAGUAACUCGCUCUGUUUGUGGUGCCUGGAGUGGUUCCUGCUGCAAUUAUGUCUCACGCCCCAUCCAGAUCAAACUCUGCAAUGGAUUCUAUGUCUACAAACUUGCAACUCCUACAGGGUGCUACACUGCAUAUUGUGCAGAACUAUGUUUCCCAAACCCAGAAGGCUUCAGGGCAUCAGGACAAACCCAGAACAGCAUCACUCUGCAGUGGAAUAAAAUGGACAACAUCAGCUUUGUGCUCCAGUUUAACGGUACAGAGACAAGCAUCAGUGCACCAACUGGAGUCGGACCAGUAACCUACACAGUCUCAUCUCUCGCUGCUGGAACCACGUACACGUUCACUCUCUAUUCUGUGUCUGGCAGCAUCAGAAGCUCUGGAGUUCGCAUCACUGCAACUAUUGGCUACAUUGUGAUGCUGAAGGUCAAACUCAAGCUUGGUGACCACCUGUCAGUUUCACAGAUGGAAGAUGUUUUAUCAAAGAUCUUCAGACAACGAGGGCUUCCACCACAGUUUUCUCUGAAAGUUCGUUCUGUUAAACCAGGAACCCAGUGAAGGACAGUCGAGUCUGAAAUCAGUUGUUUUGGUUUUUCUUUUCUUUCAGUGAAAUAUUAAGAAAUGAUAGUGUAUGCCUCAGGAGCUAAAAGUAGAUCAUGUCCCAGUGCAUUGUGGGAUGUAGUCCUAGACAAGUAAGAGUGUAUUUUGCAUGAGUGCCUAUGGGUCUGAGUCGCUCUGCUCAUCUUAAGUCUUCAACCACAUGAAACAGCUGGAAAGGGCAACAGGUCAAGCUAAAGACAGACAAAGCAAAGUGGUGGCAGAUUAUAUGUGGAAGAGUAGAUUAUUACAGUGGGGAGUAGCAACAAAUAUGGGAUGCGUGUAUUUUUGUUCCAUACCAUGUUGCUGGUGGGAAAGGUCCCACAUUUGAGAAUGAAGAGCUGAUGCUAGCAAUGCUCCCAGAUGUGGAUUUCUCCAGGAGGCAGCGGUGAAAAUGAAGGAGUCUCAGCUAAACAGCAUCCAAACGUGGAUGAAAAAGGCUUUUGACCAGCAGUGGGUGGUAUGUAACAAGUAGUGACAACAAUGCACCUAUGAGUAAAAAAUGUUUAGUUCGAGAAAAUGCCACAGCACUGUGAACAAUGAGUAACUGU